GUCAGUCAGUUUGCUUUGAACUCUCGUACGUGAAAGUCGUCUCUGCGCUCGCAGCUCAGAGAAAAAAGCUUUGCCAAAACAAUUUUGAAAGCGCAGGCGUGCAACGGUUUUUUCCUCUUUCUAUACACGAUUUGUUUUUGUUAUCGUUUGAUGAUGUUUUUUUUCUUCUCGUGUAUUAAUGUUGUGGAAAGCAUAUGAAUAUUGUGCAUAUUUUAAAGAGUUGUUUCGCGUUCCAUAUCGAUUUUCUUUUUUUUUUUUUAAAUUUUUUAUUUGUUGUGUGUUUUGUUUAUUUUUUUCCACUCGCAAUUUUAUGAUCUGUGCAAUUUUGCUGAAAAUUACUGAAAAUAUGCAGCAACAUUAAUAACAACAGCCGAGACAACAAAAGUCAACAACAGCAAUUACGAGUGCUUGGCGUACCAGCCCAUUACGACCAGAGGAAGUGCAGCUGCCCGCUUCGGGAUGUCUGGGGCGACGCACAUGGCGCUGCCGGCGCAUGCCGUCGGCGCUGGUUCGACUGGGUCCGCCCUGAACCUGCCCAGCCUGGGCAAGCGCGGACACAAGCGUUCCGUGUCGCUGGAGACGAAUGCGCCGCUGCCGCUGCGCAGCACGCCGAGCCUGAGCAGCAUGGGCCAGACGACGCUGGGCUCGCCGCUGCCGCCGCACGGGGCGCUGCACACGGGCACCCUGAAGUCGCGGCAGGAGCAGCGCCGCCUCAGCCAGAAGUUCAGCAGCCACAGCAACCUGGACGACGAGACGCUGAGCGGGCCGCAGAUGCGCAGCAAGUUCCAGAACAUCCGGCAAAUGUUCGAGCUGAGCCGCAGUGGCGUGGCCAGCGCCGGGGAGCUGGGCGACGGCAAGGCCGCGGAGGAUGCGCUGCAGUCGCUGCCGGCGAUGCUGGGCCAACAGACGCCAACAACGCUGCGCCGCACCACGCCCAUCACAGCCGGAAGUCGUCUGGCCAUUACCGAGCAGCAGUCGCUGCCGCAGUCGCAGUCGCAGUCGCAGUCUCAGCUGGCGGGCGAGGCCAAAGAACAGCCAAACGGUGCCGGCAACUUUCUGCGUCCGAUUGCCUUCAAGCCGAUACCAUUCGAGCCGGACUAUCGCAUUGCCGCCCAACAGCAGCAACAUGAGCAGCAGCAGCAGCAGCAGCAACAGCAACAGCAACAGCAGCAGCAGCAGCAGCAGCAGCAGCAGCAGCAGCAGCAACAACAACAAUUGCAGGGAUCCGCCCAGCAGCAGUCGGUGGCGGGCGAGCGGUACGGCUAUGGCUCGACACCCUCCUUGGCACCGCUGCCCUCAACGGCAGCCACCCAGCACAAGUUCGGAAGCACAACGGAUCUGCGUCAUUUGGCGGCGCGUCGACGCGGCCAUCGAGUGGUGCAGCGCAGCAGCAACGAGGAUGGACUCGGCCUUGGCCUGGGCCUGGGCCUGGGUCUGAGCCUGGGCCUCGAGUGUCUGUCCGGGCUCGAUAGGCCAGAUGGCGGCAGCAGCAAGGGCAACGCCCUGACUGGCGGCAGUGACCUGACGCCCUCGCCGUCGGACUCGGGCAUCUCGGAGCUGGAGGCGGCGCUCAAGGACCGCGACUCGGAGCUGUCGUAUCUGCGACACGCAAUGGAACAGAAUGAGAAAGACAAGGAGGUCUACUGGGAGCACGAGACACAGCGCCUGAAGCUCUUCUACGAGAGCCAGCAGCGCGAGUAUCAUCUGAAGUUCAAGAAAAUGGAGCAGCUCCUCGCCCUGCAGCAGUUCCAGCUGAAGCAGCACAGCCUGCGGCAAUCGGAGCAGCUCCAGAAACUGCAGCAGCAACUGGACCUGACGCGCACCAGCAACAAGUGCCUCAAGAACGCCGAGCAGCAGCUGCAGUGCUCCGCCCAGGAGCUCAACCAGCAGCUGAACGAGGCCCACCAGACGAUAUCGGCGCUGCGCGUCCAGCUGGAGGACAGCGAGUGGAAGGUGUGCGAGCGCAACGGCGAAAUAGCUUUACUCAAGACGCAGCUGAAGGAGGCGCAUCUUGAAAUCAAUAUGAAGGAUCAUACAAUUCUCAGCCUGAGACACAACAACAACAACAACAACAAUAAUAAUAAUAAUAAUAACAACAACAACAACAACUGUCAGACAACCACAUGCCAAAGUCAACCAAAGCAACAGGCGAAGGAAGCGCAACAGCAAAAGGAUCCGGAGCAGGAGCAGGAGCAGCUGCAGCAGCUGCAGCAGCUGAACAAGAUCAUCGCCCUGAAGGAUCAGGUGAUUGGUGCGCUCACCAACGAGCUGGCCAAGCUGCGCAAGGAACUCUCCGACCUGGCCAUUGCGCACGAGUACGGCGAGGAGCCGUGCGGCCGCUACACGCGCCUCAAGCAGCAGCUGGACAACCUGAACGAGAUCUGCCAGAAGACGCACAAGUAUACGAGGCAGGCGGCGGCCGGGCCCAUGCAGCUGGACGCCAUCAUGGAGCGACUGCAGCUGGAUCAGGGCCAGCCGGCGCAGCUGGCGCUCGACACACUGAUCGAGGAGUCGACCACCUAUGCCGAGGACAUUGCCAAGCUGCGGCAGAAGCUCGACGAUUUUCGCAUCAAUCUCGAGCUGGAGAAGCGUCAAUGGUGCGCUGAGAAGGACAAGGUGCUCGGCUACCAGAAGCAGCUGCAGGCCCACUACAUUCACAUGUACCAGAAGCUGCGCUGCCUGGACAAUGCGGCCACAAAUGCAGCAGCACCAUCAGCAGCAGCAGCAGCAGCAGCAACGCCCCCUCCGCCUCCUGGCGAGGUGAGCAACCAGGUCUAA